AUGUGCUUCUCUCCUGCAACCCAGGAGCGGCCGCUGAGGCUUCCAAAAACUGUCUCACAGUCAACCCGACAAGGCCCAGUUGACUUUGACGAUCCGGUCAUACCUGGGCUUCCAGAUGACGUGGGAAAAUACUGCCUUGCUCUCAUCCCUCGGUGCCAUCUUCCUGUUCUAGGCGCCGUCUCAAAGCGGUGGAGGGCCUACGUCCAGAGCAGGGAGUUCCUCACCAUUAGAAAGGAGGCCGGGAAGCUCGAGGAAUGGCUUUAUGUGUUGACUGGGGACGCAGAUGGGAAGGGAAGCCAUUGGGAGGUCCUCAGCAGCAGCAGCAGCAGGCUGGGAGAAGGCAAGAUGCUGCUUCCGCCCAUGCCCGGGCCCGUGAAGGCCGGCUUUGGAGUCGUCGUCCUCGGCGGGAAUCUCCUGGUCAUGGCCGGUCAUCAUUCCUCUGACGACGGCGCAAAAUCUGUCUCUUCGGAGGUCUAUCAAUACGAUUCCCGCCUCAACAGGUUGGUUCUAAGCUCGUUCUGAUCAUCUCUUUUUAGCAGUCCAGUUCCUGCGAAUCCUGAAUUCGAUGCUUUUAUUAAUCACCCAUCUCAUUUCCUACAAAUUUCUGCUCGAACCCGGACCUUGAUCGCAUCACAGGAGGUGAAGAGGGUCCGAUUCAGUUGCUGACUGGUUCUGGGUUCUUCUCUUCUCACGGCGGUCGAGAUUUUCUGAACGGAGGAGGGUGUUGCAGGUGGACGGCGCUGGCGAGGAUGAACGUCGCCCGGUUUGACUUCGCCUGCGCGGAGCUCAACGGCGCCGUAUACGCGGUGGGCGGCUACGGGGCGGGCGGGGAGAGCCUCUCCAGCGCGGAGGUCUACGAGCCGGCUGCGGGGCGGUGGCGGCUGAUCGAGAGCCUCCGCCGGCCGCGAUGGGGGGCCUUCGCCUGCGGCUUCGCCGGGAAGCUCUACGUGAUGGGCGGCCGCUCGAGCUUCACCAUCGGAAACUCGCGCUCGGUGGACGUCUACGACUCGGAGAAGGGGGCGUGGGGGCAGAUAAAGCAGGGCUGCGUGAUGGUCACCGCCCACGCCGCCCUGGGGGGGCAGCUGUUCUGCAUGGAGUGGAAGAACCAGCGGCGGCUCUCGGUGUUCACUGCCGCGGAUAGCUCGUGGGCGUCGGUGCCCGUGCCGGUGACCGGCGGCGCCGCCGCGGUGGGGUUCCGGUUCGGGGUACUCGACAGGAAGCUGCUGCUCUUCUCCGUGGAGGACGCCGGGUACCAGACGCUGGUGUACGACCCCGCCGCUGCCCCCGGCGAUGAAUGGCGCACGUCGCCGCUCAAGCCCUCGGGGAUAUGCCUCUGCACCGUCACCAUCAAAGCCUAA